CAUGCCUCCUUGGGGUGUCCAUCUCAAGGCACGGUGGCCCGCUCGCGCUCCUGCCCAGGGAGGAGCAUGCCUGGGCCCCAAGGCUGCCGGGGUUCCCCCUGACCCCCAGGCCCAGCCCGCGGAGCAGGACGCUGCGCCCGAGGGGAACUUCCUUCUCGUCAAUGGACGGAUGAGCCAAGCGGUUCCUCCUGCCCUGGAUUACUUGAGCUUCAUCCUGCUGGAAGAGAAGAGCCGGAGCUCGGGAAUGGUCAUCGGCUUGGGGAGCACCUUGGAAGAGUUCACCUCCGACAUCUGAAGACUUCAAAACCGGGUCCUGCAACGACUGCACAGAAGAGCCCGUGAUCCCUGUGCACACGCACGACGUACCCCCGCGCACACGCGCACGCACAGAGGAUAUUUAUUUAUUUAUUUUAUUUAUAUGCAUCCUACCGUUUUAUUUACCUUAUUUAUUUUGAAAGCUGUCGCUCACCCAACGAGUUCUCUGGGGGAAAGGGAAAAUUGUGAAAUUCCCUUGCAGACACUGUGUGUGAUGAGGAGGAGGAGGAGGAGAAUAACCAGUGGUUUCCUGUGAGCUGGAGACUUUCUCCUUAAGUUAGAGCAGUUUUGCUUCAACCACGUGCCCCGGUCAGUCUGUCCUCCUGAAGUGCCGUUCCUCUGAAGUGUCCGUCCAUCCGUCCGCCCACUCAUCUCCUCCGAACAUGAUGCUCAAUUCGGACCAGACGGAGAUCGACCUGCCGCCAACGCACUCAGAGUCCGAGUCCGUCUUCAGCGACUGCGGUGGCGGCGGUGGCCGUGCAGGCAGCGCGGAGGAUGCCAGCAGCGUUGGCUUGUGCGGUCAGUCCCGAAUAGCCGAGCCAGGUGAGGCGAUGAAGAAAGACCUGCAGCACCUGAGCCGGGAGGAACGUCGGCGCCGGCGGCGUGCCACAGCCAAGUACCGGACGGCCCACGCCACGCGGGAGCGCAUCCGUGUCGAGGCCUUCAACAUGGCCUUCGCGGAGCUGCGGAAGCUGCUGCCCACCUUGCCGCCAGACAAGAAGCUCUCCAAGAUCGAGAUCCUCCGCCUGGCCAUCUGCUACAUCUCCUACCUGAACCACGUGCUGGACGUCUGAGCUGCCCAGCCCGCGUCCGUCUGUCUGUCUGCCACGUCUCCUACCUGAACAUGUGCUGGACGUCUGAGCCACGAGCUCAAGUCCAUCUGUCCAUCUACUACCUGAACCACAUGUUGGGCAUCCAAUAUGCUGUGCCUGUAUCCAUCCAUCUGUUCAAGUGGACGAAGUCCCCAUCUGUCUGCCACCCACUAUCUGAACUCCGUUCUGUGUUUCCACACCACCACGCCCACGUCCGUCUGCCUUUCCGUCCUGCCGCAGCAAGGCGCUGGGUGUUUGGUCCGUCGGCCCCAGAUCUCUCUCUGUCCUGCUGGAUGAAGCCCGUGUUGGUCAUGUGUGCUGCCCACUUCUUUCCAUCCUUCUGCUGCAAGUCCUGCUGAUACUGCCUGCGGGAUCUGAGCCCACGUCCGUCAGUCUGUCUGCCACGUCUGCUGCCUGACCCACAGUGAGAGCCACUGAGCCCAAAUUUGUCUGUGACCUCCCUUAUCUGAGCCACAAGCUGGAUCUGUGAAACGCUGCAGCACCAAGCAGCCCCGCUGCAGCACCUGGGAUCUCAUCCGUCCCGUCUGCCCCUUCUGCCACCAGCCGCUCUACCGGCGUGGCCGGUCCUGGCAUUUUGUCUGCUUCUGUUCUGCCCCGGCGUCAUGUGCUGGGCACUUGAACGCCCACACUGGGACCAUCCCGCCGCACUAGACCUCUCUCCACCGGGGCAGCAAAGCCCAGGAGCAUCCUUGAGCACAGACCAGGUUAUCUGGGUUUUCCCUGGCUUUUCUGGCACCAAAAGGAAGCACGAAGUGUGAUGCAGAAAAGGCAGAGCUGCAGACUCGAGGCAGGACCUGGCCACGCUUUCCGUGGAUGACGAAGCAGCCGGACAGCAGGGAGGACGGCGCCCGCUUGCUUCCCGUCCGGAAGGUGCCAGCCGCGUCCUCCCCGCAGCAGUGCUGGUGUCUGGCUGGAGCUGCCGUGCAGCCUGGGGUCUGGCCAAACCCCACCGUUGCCUCUCCGUCUCCCAAAGCCUCCUGCUUCAGGAGUGUCGGUGGGAGCCUGCUCCCGCAGAGCCGUGCGUUCGAAGGCUUCGCUGCCUGUCUCUCCUUUGCACUAGUGCAAAAUGAGUGUGAAACUCCCCUGGCCUGACCCUUCACAUGCUCCCUUUGCACCAAGAGAUGUGACCGCUCCCGGGCACUACAGCUGACUGAUGCUGCUCUUCAUCCCUUCCUGCUCUUCCUCUGUCUCCCCAGUCCAGUGCUCCUAGUUAGAAAAGUCAGACUGGGAUCACGAGCGCUGCUCACGCCGCAGCACGGGGGGACAUCGAUAGCCAGCUCUCCCCGCACCCCAGCCGUGUCCCCCUGCCCCACAGCUGGGGCUGCUGGGGCUCACGCGCAGAGAGGCUUCGCCCCGGGACGCCGGGGUGCUGCGGGCCCCCCCGUUUGCACCAGUGCGGCACUGGUGCGGCGUGACCUGCCCCGCUGCACGCUCUGCUGCGGUCAACUGCACUUUACCUGCUGCUCGCGGGCGCAACAGCAGCGGGGUCGGAAAGGGAAGGGACCGGGGAGCCCCGCGGCCAGCCCCUCGCCCGGUGCCGGCACGGGGGCUUCUCCCCGCCGGUCUCUGGGACACAAACCAGCACUUUGGGAGAGGGAGGGAGGUGAGAAGGAAAGGCAGAGCCAAGCAGCCUCUCCUCCAGGAAGGGCGCGCUGAGACUGGUGGAAGCUCGUUGCAAGAGUGAAUGUUUUGCUUUGUGUUUUUGGGGGGUUUUUUGUUUGUUUUUUUAAGAGUUAAUUUUGCACUGGCAGUGGCAAGAGCCCUGAGCCCAGGGUGGGGAGCCAGGACGGCGCAGAAGCCGCUCGUUGUGCUGAACGCCGAUGCUCCGGGCUGGGGGCAGAGCCGCGGCCCGGUCUGUCGGGAACUGCGUUGGGGCUGCUCCGCUUUGAGCCCAGCAGCGAGGCAGGCAGUGUUCGAGCCGGGGUCUGGGGGAGAUGGACGCCAGUGGGCCCGAGGCAAAACGUUUGGGAGAAGAGGGCCGGUGCCAUGUCCUGGGAACACCAGCAAACCCCUGGGGCUGCACGGCCAAGCGGGGACUCGUUCUGUGCUCGUCCCUGUCCCUUUUGCUGGCCAGGCUGUCGGGCUGUUCCCAGCGGCUCCUGCCCUUCUCUCGCCGCCCGCUCGGCCCUCGCAGGGUCCCACACGCUGCAUUUUGCUCU